AAGAGAAUUGGAGGGAAGACACUACCUAUCAAUCCUUCGUGUUGGAUUCAUUAAGGUCGGAUUUGACACCUUGUGUGAGAUUAGCCACGAAGUGGAAGAAGCAGUGCGUCCAACAUAACGGUGGCCAGCGCUGCAUAUCUUCAGCUUCAGAACAGUGCCCUGGAAACCUAUAGCUGUUAAUAUCAGUGGACACAAAUGGAUCGAAACACGCCUCCUGACCUCAGUGGUAUGACGGGCGUUCCAUGGAUGGGACGCGGAAGAGCACUGCAGCCUCAGGAGCCAGCUGUAGGACGUAGUAGAGGGCUGCCGCUCUCUACAGAAUGGCCUGGUGUAGGACGAGCCAGAAGUUUUCUCACUCCUGGUGAUACCCUGCAAGAAUGUGGAGUGACUCCGCCUAUUACCCAACAAGUGGUUGGUCGAGGCAGAGGGGUGCUAUUGCAGCCUGAUGAUGGAGGAGUUGGUCAAGCCAGAGGGCUUCUCUUCGCAGCAGCUGAACAAAAGGUAGGAGUGGCAAGAGGUACAAUCCUGCCUAGUCUGGAGCUGCAGCAUGGACAGACACCUCCAUGUGAAACCAUGAUGCAAGACCUAACAGCAGAAGAGGUCGACAUCCCUACCCAUGGUCAAACAUCAGUACUGGUCUCAAUGUUUAGAGGAAUAGGCAUUGAACCCUCAAUGACCUCAUGGGGAAGAGGAACACUACCAGUGGGAAGAGGAGCAGCUGGAGAUUUUGUAGAUGUGAAGCCACAAGGUACUCCAGUAGGUGUCCACAGCAGCACAGAAAGCUUCAGCCAACCAGAAGAGGUGAUGGGCAGAGGAAGCGGUUUCCAUGGCCAAGGUUCGUCCUCACAGAGAAUGUUGGGGCUUGGAAGAGCAGCGAUGCCUCAACUUGGAAUAGGAAGAGGACGCCCUCUAUAUUCUCCUUUUGUGCCAGGUCAUGUCAAGUCUUUUCCUCCAGCCUCUGAGCAACAAGCAGCCCUACACACUCAGACUUCCCUCACAGGAACCGUGCCCACCACUCACGAGGUGCUGGACCUUUCCACUGAUGCACCAUUAAAGACGGAGCUGAAGAUGCAGGUGGCCAGAGAGCCACCUAAUAAGGCGGGAUUAAAAGGAACUCCUGUAACUAUUGGCUCAAACCAUAUCCCGAUUCGUUGCAAGAAUGAAGCUGUUUACCAGUACCAUGUUAAAUUCACUCCAAAUGUUGAAUCAAUGGCUAUGCGUUUUGGCAUGAUGAAGGAUCACCGCUCGACCACAGGGGAAGUGGUAGCUUUUGAUGGCUCCAUACUUUACCUGCCUGUUAAGCUUAAUGACGUGGUUGUUCUCAAGAGUUUGAGACGGACCGAUAAUGAGGAAAUAGAAAUCAAAAUCCAGAUGACGAAGAUUUUGCCACCCAGCUCAGAUCUAUGCAUCCCCUUCUACAAUGUGGUGCUCAGGAGGGUGAUGAAAAUUAUUGGGCUGAAGCCGGUGGGUAAAAAUCAUUACAAUCCGGAAAACGCAGUCAUUCUUGGAAAAUAUCGGCUGCAAGUGUGGCCAGGCUACUCAACCUGCAUCAAGCAGACAGAUGGAGGCCUGUACCUGUGUGUGGAUGUGUCUCACAAAGUCCUGAGGAAUGACUCUGUGCUGAAUGUCAUGAACAUGUUGUACCAACAGACCAAAGAGAACUUCCAGGACCAAUGCACCAAAGCACUCAUCGGCAGCAUUGUCAUCACCCGCUACAACAACCGCACCUACCGCAUUGAUGCCAUUGAGUGGAAGAAGUCACCCAAAGACACCUUCACUUUGAUGGAUGGCACAAAAACCACCUUUGUAGAAUACUACAGCAAGAACUAUGGGAUAACAAUCAAAGAGAUGGACCAGCCUCUGCUCAUGCAUCGGCCAAAGGAGAGGUCCAAGCCAGGAGGGAAGCAAAUCAUCACGGGAGAGAUCCUUUUAGUACCAGAGCUUUCCUUCAUAACAGGAAUCCCUGAGACAAUGAGGAGCGACUUCAGAGCUAUGAAGGAUCUGACCAAGCACAUUAAUGUGAAUUGUGAGCAGCACACACACUCAAUAAAGCAGCUUCUGAAGAACAUCAGCACCAACCCUGAAAGUAUGAAGGAGAUCAGCCGAUGGGGACUGGAGAUUGACUCGGAAAUCCUGCUGAUUCAAGGUAGAAUUCUGCCCGUUGAAACAAUCUGUCUGCAGUCUUCAUCUUUUGCCACCGGUGCUGAUGUAUCCUGGUCCAGAGAGGUUGUCAGGGAUACUUCAAUCAGCUGUAUUCCACUGAGUAUGUGGGCCAUCUUCUACCCUCACCGCUGUGCAGAGCAGGCUGAAGAGCUGGUUUCCACCUUUAAAAAGGUGGCUGGGCCUAUUGGGGUGCGACUGGAGCGACCUAUUCGCGUAGAGCUGAGGGAUGAUCGCACCGAGACUUACAUCAAGAGCAUCCACUCUCAGCUCACCAGUGAGCCCAACAUGCAGCUCGUAGUGUGCAUAGUGUUCGGCAACAGAGACGAUCUCUACAGCAGCAUCAAGAAGCUUUGCUGUGUCAAAAGCCCCAUCCCAUCCCAGGUCAUCAAUGUGCGGACAAUUUCCCAGCAACAGAAGCUAAGGAGUAUUGCCCAAAAGGUACUCCUGCAGAUGAACAGCAAGUUGGGGGGAGAGCUGUGGACCGUCACUGUCCCUCUGAAACACUUGAUGGUAAUUGGAGUCGAUGUCCACCAUGACACCAGCAAGGGACAUCAAUCAGUCAUGGGCUUUGUCGCAAGUGUGAACAGCUCACUGACCCGCUGGUACUCCAGAGUGACUUUCCAGCUACCCAAUGAAGAGCUGAUCAAUGGUUUCAGAGUUUGCUUUCUGGCCGCACUACAGAAGUACUACAAGGUGAACCACAACUUGCCAGAGAAAAUUGUGGUUUACCGUGACGGUGUGUCAGAUGGUCAGCUGAGCAUGGUGGAGCAGUACGAGAUCCCACAGUUGAUCAAAUGCUUUGAGAAAUUCCCAAAGUAUGAGCCCAAGCUGGUCUUCAUUGUGGUCCAAAAGCACAUCAACACCACCCUCUACUCCUGUAAUGCAAACAACUUUGGCACGCCUCCACCUGGAACUGUUCUAGAUCACACCCUCACACACAAAGACUGGGUGGACUUCUUUCUGAUGGCACAUCACAUCAAUCAAGGCUGUGGGCUCCCUACACACUACAUCUGUUUGUACAACACGGCAAACCUCACACCAGACCAUUUGCAAAGGCUCACUUUCAAGAUGUGCCAUUUGUACUGGAACUGGCCGGGCACCAUUCGUGUUCCAGCACCAUGCAAGUAUGCCCACAAAGUGGCUUACCUGGCCGGCCAGUAUCUGCACUCUGAACCAGCCAUCCAGCUGUCAGACAAGCUCUUCUUCCUCUGAGCUCAAACUUCUCAGGUCACAGCACAAGUAGCUGCAAUGGCAAACAGUACUGAAUGAUGUGAUGACGUGAAGUGAUCUGGAUUAUAAUGAGUGAUCUGUUGUUGACAUGUAGUACUUAAGACUUUAUACUGUAGAUUUCACUUCGGGCUUAAGGAUGUUUCUGUGAGGGCCUCACCUCUUUGAAAGUGCUAACUAAACAUAAGCACAUUUUAAUUUCAUGUCCAGUUGGGAUAGAAACAUUUAAGUUUGAAAUAAGUACUGGCCAAAAGUUUUGAGUUUUACUGUUUUUGAUAGUGUUAUAGUUGGUCAGUGUUAAUGCUGAAUGUACAAUUUUGUACAUAAUAAACAGGUUUCUAAAAAA